GGACCAUGCUGGUAGAAGAAACAGGAAGUGUCAUUUGUUUUUCACAGGAACGAAGAUUGAACGUUGCCCAAUAGUCGGAGUAUGAAAAAGGCAUCAGUUGGCAGCGAGAUGAAGAAGCAAAGGGAGAGCCGGUGCACUCAGAAGACCAUCUCAUUGCUGAGCCCCCUGGGGACGAUCCAAGUCAGUGGAUGUGAGAAUGGUGUGCACACCAUCCAGAUCCUAAUGGAUGUCGCACCUGCUGAAAGGAGCAGCGAGGCCCCCCUGAGCUGCGUGGUCACCGAUAGCCCAGCAGAAACGAGCCCCGAGAUGCAGCGCUGCGUUGAAUGGCUCCAGGCGUACUUCACCGAGCCGCAGACCGCUGGGAGUCUCCCGCUCCCUGCCUUUCACCACCCCGCCCUGCAAGGAGAUGCCUUCACCAGCCGCGUGCUGCAAGUACUUCUGAGGGACGUGAAGUUUGGAGAGACGGUCUCGUAUAAACGCCUCGCCGAGAUGGCGGGAAACCCCAGAGCGGUGCGGGCGGUGGGAGGGGCCAUGAGGAGGAAUCCGAUAACCAGUACGGAGGAAAGUCUUGAUAAGAGUGGCAACAUAUGGAUGCGGUAAGCUUCGCUUUCUUUUGAUUGUGUGACCCCGUGACCCAUGCUUCUGUUUGAGAGCAAGGCAGCCACAUGGUACGGUGGGGGUCUGUCAGGCUCUGGUUAUGGGGCAUUAUUGACCCAGGAUUUAUAAAUAUUUAAUGCACACAUUAAGAUCAUGGUGGAGGGUGGCCAUUAGAGUUCUCCAAUAAAAGAGGCUCUCACGAUGAUUGAAUGGUGUGGCAGAGCUAGUGGCUGUUUGUUGGGUACAAAGAAACCUGCUGAGACUAUAUAUACUGUACCUCCAGCCUGCCUGGCAGGCUUCAGAGCUUUUAAAGCACCCAGCAACUGAGCUAACUUGUCAUUUUUUAUAUAUACAUUAGGUUUUUUACCCUCUGAUUUUAGUCUUUAAAAAGAGGUUUAGUUAAAUUGUUAUAAGGAAUUGAUAUGUAGCCUACAGUGGAUAAUUCUUGGCAUUUUUUUCUGGUGUAAAUCAAGAUUGGAUGAUCCCAGAGCUCAAGGAGUAAUAGAAGAGUGGCAAAACCCAAACUAGUGUCCAAUGCCCAAAACAUGGUAGUGGUUAAGGCAAAUCGUAUUUUAUUAUCACAUUUUAUUAGGUGGUUAGAAAGUGAUUAUUUACAAAGGAAAUAAAGGUUGGAGGCGGUGAGCCACCAGUGACCUUCCUGAGUGAAACAUGGACUGAGAACAUGUCAGGUUUUUCCAAACUCAGUAACGACCUUAAAGAACAGUAAGGCAGGGUAAAAAUAAAAUAAAAUAGGGUUUGUAUAAACCCUAUUUAUUUGUACUAUUUUUGCUUUUUAAACAAUUUUAUUUUGAAUAGUUGUUUAAACUGGACACACCUUACAUCACGAGAAAAAUCAUUUUCCAAAAUAGACUCAGGAAUAACUAUGAUUGUUGCCGAGUUAAAUUAUUCCAAAAAUAUAUUUUGUAAUAAAUCUAAAGGAUGUUUAUUAGCUGUCAGUAGCAACACUUAUUGCAAAUAAAAUAGCAAAACAUAAAAAUCAGUAAAAACGGUUAGAGUAUGUUUGCUUUUGUAUCAGACAGGUAGCUCCAUUCUCCAUGUAACUAAUCACCAGCUUCACUUUAAACAACCCUCAAAUAUAAUGCAGUUCCAUCUAAUCUGGUUUUACACAGAUAAAGAUGUUAAUGGAGUUAUUUACAGCAGGUACGUAAUUAACUGCCUAAAAUAAUUUAACAGAGCUUCUCCUCAGCAAUCCCUAUUCAUGUUUUGUGCAUCUACUUUCUUUGCUGCAUUGAUUAAUUUCGAGUUUGCUUGUUUGUUUUUAUUUUAACCCCCCUCCACCCCCACCCUCUAAAAAAAAAAAAACACAAAGCAGAAUGCAGAAUGCAACGUGAUGGAUCGAAACUUGUGUAUCCGACACAGAUAACGCAGGGAGACAGUUGUGUGCACGUUGUUAUCAGAUGCACCGGGUUAUCAGGGAAAUUAUUUGAAGCCUGCAGAAAAUGAAAUUGCUGCUUUUGGUGUGUCUGUCCUUUGCACUAUCAGCAGCUCCUGGUGGAUCUCCUGCACCGCCGAGAUCCGCGCAUGCCGGCUGGCGUAAUAAGCCGCUGAUAUGCUGAUUGCCACUCGGGUUGCUGUCAUUUAAUUGUGCAUUAAAGGCAGACGUGGCCUCGGACAAUGGCGCCUUGAUGAGAAAUUGACAUUUUGUGACCUGCGCUCCGCGAGCACUCAGGAUGCCAGAUAAGAUGCUCAGUUGUUUUUAAGGAGAACCACUGUUCUUCCCUCAAACACUUCUAUCCUCCUGUUUGACCCACUUGAUGAGUAUAGAUUUCACAGCGCCCCCCUCGCCGUCCCCCCUUUCAGCACUCAAACUAUAAGAGGUUCAAAACGAUACCAGGCCUUAUAGACAAAGGAUAACCUUGCUCUUUCAAUGUAUCGAUUCUUUAUUAACUAGGUGGCUUAAUGCAAUGAAAUGAGGGAUUUGAAUGAGCCCCAUUUGGGGUGCUUUGAAUAAAAAAAGCUUGCACUGUUUAUGAAUGACUACAAUGAACCUUUGAAGCACCACAG